GUGCUUCCCACCGAAGACGACUGCUUACUUCUUUCAGCCCAAUUUUUUUCCGCCGUGUAGUUUCAGUAUCAGGCGCUGAAAGUUCUCUCUUUCGAACUGAAUAUUAUCCCCCGUGGCCGUGGAUUCGGGGUUCUAUCCGCAAUCAAUGGAUGGAUGCCAUUCUUUUGGUGAGGAUAGGGAAAUGAUAGAGAGUUCUAGUGAGAAGUUAGAUGCACCUGAAGGAAUUUUGGAUGUUGAACCAUACCUAGGGAUGGAGUUUGAAUCUGAAGAGGCUGCCAAGGUUUUUUAUGAUGCCUAUGCUACUCGUUUGGGAUUCAUUAUGCGUGUAGAUGCAUUUCGCAGGUCUAUGCGUGAUGGGAAGGUUGUCUGGCGUCGACUUGUGUGUAAUAAAGAAGGUUUCCGAAAAUUGAGGCCUCGUAGAAGUGAAAGUAGAAAGCCUAGAGCAAUCACUAGAGAAGGGUGCAAAGCGAUGAUGGUGGUAAAGAAAGAAAAAUCAGGAAAAUGGGUUGUAACAAGAUUUGAUAAGGAGCAUAAUCAUCCAUUGGUGCCUAUACCUUCAAAUGGUCAUCGAAGCAUGCUUCUCUCUCAAACACCAGAUGAGAAAGAUGUAAAGAUUCGAGAACUAAGUGCUGAAUUACAGAGAGAGAGAAAGCGAUCCGCUGCUUUGCAGGAGCAACUAAAUAUGGUUUUAAGAGAUAUGGAGGAACAUUCCAACCACCUAUCGAGGAACAUCGAUGACAUAAUUCAAAGUGUACGAGAGAUUGAGUCAAAGCAGGUAGAACUUCACGGAGCUAAGUCGUAGGUUUAGAAAUUUGUUCCUUACACUUUGGCAUGUAUAUUUUUUAGCAAGCUAUUUUUUUUUGGUUUCCAGUUUGUGGUAGUAAUUUAGAAUUUAUAUACCCUUUUUUUUUUUACUAGUCGUUCUUCCUUUUAUGGGAGGGAGAUGGGUGUUGAGCUUUAGCCUUUAGGUUUAUUAGUUGAAUUGCACUUUGCAUGAAUAAGAAGGGUCGAAUGUUAGAUGAAUUUUCCUUAUAAUUUUCGCUUUUCUUCUGGACUUAAUUGUUUUGUAAUGCUACUACAGUAUCAGAGCCCAAUAUAUGUAUUAGCAACAA